AUGACACGUGUUAAAACUGUCUAUUCAAAGGUCUAUAAAGUCCCUCGUCGUCCUUUUGAAAAGGAACGUCUUGAUCAAGAAUUAAAACUUCUUGGAGAGUAUGGACUUCGCAACAAAACUGAAGUUUGGAGAGUAAAAUAUACACUUGCUAAAAUCCGUAAGGCUGCUCGUGAACUUCUUACUCUUGAAGAGAAAGACCCAAAACGUCUUUUUGAAGGUAAUGCUCUUCUUAGAAGACUUGUUCGUGUUGGAGUAUUGGACACAGAUAAAAUGAAACUUGAUUAUGUUCUCGGUCUCCGUCCAGAAGAUUUCUUAGAACGUCGUCUUCAAACUCAAGUUUUUAAACUUGGUUUAGCUAAAUCUAUUCACCAUGCUCGUGUUUUAAUUAAACAUAAACACAUUCGUGUCCGUAGACAAGUUGUCGAUAUCCCAUCUUUCACUGUACGUUUGGAUUCUCAAAAACACAUUGAUUUCUCUGCUAAAUCUCCAUUUGCUGGAGGUAGACCAGGCCGUACAAAGAGACGUAACAUGAAAGCUGGAGCUGGUGGAAAUGACUCUGGAGCUGAAGAUGACGAGUAG